GCUUCUGAAAGGGGUUUGUCGGUUCCCGCUCUCCUCUUCAGUGCAAAAGCUGUUCAAACGAAGGCUCCUCUCUCCCUCUUCAGUUUUCAGUUCUGCUGAAGCCUCGUCCGCAGCCGCGUGCUCUCUUCCCUCACCACGUCUUCACUCACUCCCCUGCACGUACAGUAGCCCGCUAAGCCUUUCAUUCCUCGAGCUCUUCUGCACUGACAGCAGUGUUGUUCCAUCCGGUGAUUGAUUGGUGAUGCCGACGGCCCCCAUGGUGUUGCAGCAGCUGCGUCACGGGAACGGUCUCAGUCUUGCACUCAGCUUGCGGCUGCACGAGUGCCAGUCGGAUAAGCACACGCCGACGCCGCAUGAGUUCAACUGCCGGCUCAUGCCUGGGUUCUUCGGGCUCUUCACGCAGGCCCUGCUGGGGGUGCUGUCCUUCAGCACCCUCAUCUUGAAGUGGUACUAUGAAGAACCAAGGAGGAAGUAAGCCAGCCGCUGAUAUAAAUGAGGCGGGACACACACACACACACACACAGAGAGAGAGAGAGAGAGAGAGAGAGACGGAUGGUGUCGGUAUGUCUGUGUGGAUGUCAGGUUGGCUGUGUUUGGGUUCGACUCGUCGAAGCAGCUGAUAGGGGCGAUAUUUAUGCACGUGCUCAACAUUAUCGUGGCGUCCAUUAUCAGCGGCUUCAAGACACGAGGGGACCCUUGCGAAUGGUAAGGGCAGACAGACCAGAUGGUGUCCGCUGCUGGAUGAAUGGAUGAGUGGAUGAGUGGAUGGAUGGAUGUGUGUGUGUGGUACGGCCAUGGGGGAUAGGUAUGCGGUCAACGUCCUGGUGGAUUGCACACUUGGGGUGCUCGUCUCCUAUUACCUGCUGCUGCUGUCACAACAGGCACGCACCCACCCAUACACACAUAGACGCGAACACAGAGAGACGCAGAGACGUAUACAUCUCUCUCUCUCUGUCUUUCCCUGGUCUGGCCAGGUCUUCCGCUACCAGUCAGGCAACUAUACAGGCGGCGAGCAUCAGGACGACACCGAUUUCUGCUUCAAAGAGGUCAACUGGCGCGCUUACUGGGAGCAGGUAACUUAUAGAGAGAGACACGCACCUGUGCAGCAUCCGCCUGGGUCUGCGUUGCCUGCAGGUGGGGAUCUGGCUGCUGAUCCAGUGCGGGAUGAAGGUCAUCACCAUGAUCUUCUUGCUCAUAUUCGCCCGCCCUCUCAUAUGGAUUGCUGGCACUCUGCUGUGGCCCUUCUCAUCUUUCCCAAAAACAACAGUGCGCCAGCUUCCAUGUGUGUAUCCAUCGGCGUGAAUGUGUGUGUGUGUGUGUGUGUGUGUGUAUUGGUGAGCUGUGCAGCUGAUGGUUGUGAUGGUGAUUCUGCCGCUGGUCACCAACUCUUUCCAAUUUUGGAUGACUGACGCCUUCCUGAUGGUACGUCCGUCAGCCGCCCAGCCGACCGCACAGCAACCAUAUCCCCAUGUCUCUCUCUCUUCCCCCCCUCUGUCUAUGUGUGUGUGUGUGUGUAAAGUUCCACGAGCGGAUUAAGACACCUUUGCUGAGCAAGCACACAUCGCGGCAAGACGCCGCACGAGCACAACGAAGACAACAAGAGCAGAGAGAGGGGAGGGAGGGGCGGGACUGCGGCAGGGUCUGCUAGUUGUGAGCAGACCCUUCUGUUGUGGUGUUGUGUGUUGUGUGUGUCGAUCUGUGUUGUGUGUCGAUGUGUGUUGUGUGUAUUCUGGAUGCGAUUCGUCUCUUCGAUGACAGCAGGACAGGCAGAGAGAGAGACGGACAGACACUCGGGUGGUCAGUCACUUUCUGAGCUUCAUAGACCCGUCAGUUGUCCCUUCAUGAUUGCACGUG